AUGGCACCCAUCCAAAUCAUCGAUAAGUUCGCCAGUGUUGAUUCCUUUAGCAUCCCCGACCGAGUGCUCCGGACUCGUGAUAUGACGUCGAAGUCACUCACCACAGCAAUCCUUGUCCUUGCCAUCAUUUCGGUCGUCUUUUUCCUGAGUGUGUUGUUUGUGCUGGCCAGAAUCUGGAAACAAAUGGUGGCUAGGAAGCUCGCAUCUCGAGCAGCCGAGGCUGUGGGGGCAGUGGUCGAGCGAAAGACCAGUGAUUGGGCCCGAAAGAAUAGCAACGUCCUCUGGUCCAUGUAUAUUCAGGAGGACGAUCUAAAGACUCAGUUCUCGUUGCCUCCAAAGUCAAGACUGUUCUCCAUCGGCUCUGCCUCCUCCGACAACGAGCACGACCACGGCAUAUGUCCACUGGACCGACACACCUCUGACGCGGAUGAGACGAACAAGAACAAGACGAAAAGUGAGGAGUCAGUUGACAACAACGCACCACGCAGCCGCAUUCCAUAUCCGCAAGAGACGACUCCAACCAAGAAUCUUUCUCGAACACGCGCCCGGUCACAGCCGUGCCACCACAGGCCGAGCGACAGCCUAGAGCAUGUAGCCAAGCGCAAACAAAGUAUGGCUGAGCAAGAACCCAGGAGUAUGAGAAUGGUUGUGGAAGGUCCGGUGCAGGGGACGGUCAUGGGGCAGAGGCGGACUUGA